UGUUCCUUCACUUCUCUGGUAAAGUAACACACGUCCAAUGUUCACAAUAGUCACAACAAAAACACAUUUUAAUUUCAUAAUGGUUGAUCUUAUUUUUACUAUUUGCGCAAUCCAAUGCAGUACGCUUAAAAUUCAACGCACCAUUAUCUUGUGUCAGCGGAUGUCUGAUCGCAGUGCUUAAGCCUUAUCCUGACACGCCUCAUCUCCGUGCGCGGCCACUCUGGCCUUUCGCGACCAACACCAUCACUUUAUUUUUUUACUCCUCAAGGCAACAGAGUGAAACGUUGAAAGAAAACACGUGUAAAUUAUAGGGGCAAUAACGCUAUAAGCUAUUACAGGAUUUUAUUCUCCACAAAUCCACGCGGAUAACGCGUAGCGCAUCGACAUCUCGUCCUUGAAAGACAAAAGCAUAUCGAAUAAGUAUUCCGACUAGCAAGUUUCUCCUCUCGCAUCCGCUCCAUUAUUAUCAUCAAAGAUCAAAGAAUCAAAGAAUCAAUCUCAGAAAGAGUUACCGGAAUGGACGCCGAAUUCCUGCCAUCUUUUGACCUUCGUCUCUACAACGAUGAUGAUGAUGAUCGAGAUAUUGCCAUUAAACCAAUUCUUGAACCUAUCAUCAACGGCUCAAGGCUCUAUUCGGAAGCUGCCGUUGAACUAACCGCAUACAUCUCUUCCAAGGCUGAGAAGAAAUGGCUCGAAGUCAAGGACAAGAAACCUUAAGACAUAGAAGAUGCCUGGAACGAUGGUCCCAAUCCUUUAGUUGAUGUUGCCUUUACCA